AUGGAGUUUGGCCUAAACAAGAGCACUGACGGGGACAUAACUCUGAAACCUGUCUACACCAGCCCAACAGUUGUGAGCUUAUUGAGUGACCCUGUGUGGCAGCUGGUCGACUUUGUCAUGUAUGUGCCAGUACUUGGGGUCUUGAGUUUCUUGGGGAUCGUCGCCAACAUUGUCAACAUCAUGGUGUUUUUGAAACAGGAGCUCGGCAGACCGGUGACCCUGAGCCUUCUGGCCCUGUGUGUGGCCCACCUCGGUGCCAGCCUCGCGCUGUUCUGGGAGAGCUUCCUGUACAAUCCUUACCUGCAAAAGUCGGCCAUACCUGUUAGAGUGGACGCUCUGAUCUACCUCACCGCAGCUCUACCCAGCGCUGUCUUCUACAGAAACUCCACCCUGAUCCACGUGUACAUAACACUAGAGCGGUGCCUGUGUAUAGCCAUGCCUCUAAAGAUCAAAGAAAUCUUCACACCGAACCAAUCAAUAACCACCAUGGCUGGGAUUUAUCUAUUAUCGACUCUCAGCAUUUUACCAAUGUACCUGUCAGGUUACCUGGAGCUGUCAAUCAACCCAACAACCAACACAACCGUCUACGUCAGAGUCCGCUACGACAACGCAGUCUACCUAGAGACUAUCGGCCUGUACCUGUCAGCACUUUGUAUUUUGUUGCCGUAUGUCUUAGAAAUUUUCCUGACAAUUUGUAUCAUCUGGCAAUUACACAUCAAAUCAAAGUGGCGAAACAAGAUGGCCGCCGCCACAAAUUCAACAAGUUUGAAGGAAAGAAAACUUGUUAAAAUGGUUGUCUUUAUAACCUCACUGUUUAUUUGUUUCUCCUUCUUUACCUGCUUCAACUUUUUACAAGGUCUAAUCAAACACUUUCUAGCAGAAGACGUGACGCGGCUGGGCAGUGUCCAGCUCUUCCAGUUUCCCUGGUCGGUGGUGCUGGUCUUCGAACAACUUCUGCAUUCGGUCAACCUCCUCAUUUUCUACAACAUGAGCGCCAACUACAAAUUGGUUUUCCGUCAAAUCUUUCACAUGCAAGUAUUUUUAUCGGAUAAAACUAUAUAA